AUGGCACUUGCGCUGCUCUUCACUGUUGUGUCGAUCCAUUUGACGUUGACUUUCAUGUCGGUCACCAUUAAUCUUCAUUUUCGGAGCUCAGCGUCGUUUUCAAUGCCUUCCCAAUACGUUAUACACGUUAUAGAAGCUUUGAGGGGAGAGGGACUCAAAUUGGCCGAGAAAAUUGCCUCAUCCUCUUUAGUCACAUUGGAUUGGAUUAGUAAAUGCAAUUGCAAUGGCAUUGUGUUCAUCCAACCUGAUCCAUCUAAUGGUGUUUACCUAACUCACUCAAACUCGCCCUCUCCUCUUCCCAUGUUUUUUCUCAAAUUCUUCCUAAAAUGUAACCAAAACUGUUUGAAAAACGCGGGAAACCCGAGAGACAUGAGACGCUUUCAGACUUUUGAAACGCUAUGUACUUUGAUACAAUGA